GAAGACUUAUCAGUAUUGGUUGCGUACGAAUUACACAAUCAUCAACACAAUAUUUUGCAGCAGCAAAGUUCAGGCAAUAAUCGACAGCUCUGAAUAUGGCUCAGACGAGGCUAUCGGACUGCUUGAAAGCACUGCGUGGAAUGGGACUGAUAACCAGGGCCUUCAUUGAUGUACAGAGCAAGGAAUGCAACCAAGUAUGGAGUAACUGCAGCCUCAAGUCAGCCACUCAGGGAGCACAGACCAAGGCUGAGGAAGCUGUCAGCAAUGCCGUGGUCUUUGCCUCCAAGUUCGGGUCAUCACAGAGAAACAUUGAUGAAUUCUCAGAGUCGGUAGCAGACGAGGAUCCCACGAGAUGGGCCUACUCUACUGGCUCCCCAUCCCCAGACCAUGACGUGCCUCCAACAGAACCAACACCCAGCCCUCACAGACCAGACAAACCAGACACUGCAGAAACACCAACUUCAACAAUACACAGAGCAACAGAAAUGCCGAAACCAAACGGCUCCACUCCACCAACUCAGAGCCGAGGUCUGCACACAGCCGCACCCCCAUUCACCAUUCGUCAUCGGAGGUCUCUACAUUAUGAAUCCUCCACCGGUAUGACCGAGGAGCAGUUACAGAAGCUGCGAAUGAAAGCCAAGUCUUCCAAGCUGCCCAAACCUAAAGGGCCUCUCAUCAAACCUAAAUUGAGUGAGCAAGCCAAGGAGAGGUCAGUGCCAGCAUCUCGGCUAGGCAGGGUCUGGAACUUUGGAGGUUUAGCUGCUGGGCUUGGCAUAGGCGCGGUCACGGAGAAAGCCAAGAGAAGUCUGGGACUAAAAGAAGACGGCAAGUUUGGAGGAAGUGUACUCUUCAAUGAGGCCAACGCUGAGCGUAUCGUGGAUACUCUGUGCCGAGUGAGGGGAGCUGCGCUGAAACUUGGCCAGAUGCUUAGUAUUCAAGAUAAUGCCAUGAUCAGCCCUGAGCUACAGCGAGUGUUUGACAGAGUCAGGCAAAGUGCAGACUUCAUGCCAGCCUGGCAAAUGGAGAGAGUGUUGAAACAGGAGCUCGGAGACGACUGGAGAAGUAAAGUGGCUUCAUUUGAGGAUCGACCCUUUGCUGCAGCCUCCAUAGGUCAGGUCCAUGCUGCUACUACACUGGAUGGCAGGGAAGUCGCUAUGAAAAUACAAUACCCAGGAGUUGCGCAAGGAAUUGAUAGUGACAUCAAUAACCUAAUGGCCAUACUCAAAGUCUGGAAUGUUCUUCCAGAAGGUCUUUACGUUGAGAAUGCAGUUGAUGUAGCAAGAAGGGAGUUAGCUUGGGAAGUAGACUACACCAGGGAAGCAGAAUGGUGCCGUAAAUUCAAGCACAUUCUGAGAGACGAUCCCAAUUUCCUAGUGCCGGAGGUCGUGUCGGAGCUGUCCACCAAGCAGAUCCUGACCACUGAACUAGUGGAGGGAGUGUCAUUGGACAAAGCUGAAACGUUCGACCAAGAAACUAGAAAUCAUAUAUGUAAGAACAUCCUGAGACUGUGCCUAAAGGAAGUGUUUGAAUGGCAUUGUAUGCAGACAGAUCCCAACUGGUCCAACUUCCUGUAUAACCAAGACACAAACAAGCUUGCUCUAAUAGACUUUGGUGCUUCCAGGGAAUUCCCCAAGUCAUUUGUGGAUGAUUACAUCAAGGUAAUCAAGGGAGCAUCGUCUGGUAGCAGAGAUGAUGUCUUGGAGUAUUCCAAGAGGCUGGGAUUCCUGACGGGCUAUGAGUCCAAGGUAAUGGAGAAAGCCCACGUUGACGCCGUCAUGAUUCUAGGAGAGCCCUUCUCAACCGACGAACCCUUUGACUUUGCGACGCAAGACACCACAAGACGCAUCCAGUCCAUCCUACCGAUCAUGCUCAACCACAGACUGGGCCCGCCUCCCGAGGAAAGCUACUCCUUGCACCGUAAGAUGUCCGGCGCCUUCUUGCUCUGCACAAAGCUGAGAGCCCAGAUUGGCUGUAAGGGGCUGUUUGAUGGCAUCUACUCCAGAUACCAGUUUGACUGAGAAGGCUAAGAGCA